UAAACCCAGAAAUCCCCGGCGAUGGCGACUCAAUUCUUGAAGAAACUCCGCCCCUCCGCCGCCCUCUUCUCCUCUCCCAGCCGCACGAAAACUACCUCCGCCCAAUACGUGGCUUCAAGAGCUCGAGACCCGACCUUCGAGAAGCUAAUGGAGAGAUACAAGAACCUCCUUCGAGUCAUCUCCAUACAAGAUCUCAUCCUCUCCUCCAACUCCUCCCCGCCCGCCGUCUCCCUCGACUUCAUCAGCCGCCUCUCCCAGCGCAUCCACCUCAACCGCGGCGCCGCCGUCUUCCUCCGCAGGUACCCCCACAUCUUCCACAUUUUCAACCACCCCGACAAGCUCCAGCCCUUCUGCUCCCUCACUCCCGCCGCCCUCCAAAUCGUCCGCCAAGAAUCGGAGGCCAUCGAGAAAACUCUACCGCUCGCCAUUACCCGAUUAGUCAAGAUUUUGUCCAUGUCCCUCACAAAAAAAUUACCUCUUCGGGCGAUCUUCAAGGUCUGGAAGGAAUUGGGGCUGCCCGAUGACUUCGAGGACUCCAUAAUUUCAAGAAAUCCCGAGGUUUUCUCUCUGGAAGAUGGUAACGAGAUCAAUACUCAUUAUUUGGUUUUGAAAGACAGCGAUGAAUUUAGGGAUUGUUUGGUUCCUGCGGUGGAGAAUUGGAGAAUGACGGAGUGUUGUAGAGAGGAAUGCAGCGUGGAUAGGACUGAGCUGCAGUAUAGUUUCAAGCAGGGGUUUCCGCCGGGAAUGCGGCUAGGGAAGAAUUUUAAGGCCAAAGUUAAGGAAUGGCAGAGGUUUCCCUACAUUGGUCCGUAUGAGGAGAUGACUGCCAAGGAGAAUAGGAGGAGUAAGAAUGGUGUGAUGAGGAUGGAGAAGCGGGCAGUGGGGGUGGUGCACGAGUUCUUGAGCUUGACUGUGGAGAAGAUGGUGGAGGUGGAGAAGAUUAGCCACUUUAGGCAGUGGUUUGGGAUUGAAUUGAAUGUGAGGGAUUUGUUCCUUGACCAUCCGGGGAUGUUCUAUUUGUCUACCAAAGGGAAGGUGCAUUCUGUGUUUUUGAGAGAGGCUUAUACUAGGGGGUGCUUGAUUGAGCCUAAUCCGGUUUAUGAGGCUCGGAGGAAGCUUCUUGGUCUUGUUGCUUUGGGGCGGCGAGGGUUGGAUAGGUCAUGGAGUGUGGAUGAGAAUGAAGAGAAGAGGAAUGUAUAGUGAUUGAGGUGAAUAGCAUUGGUUGAUGCUCUUCACAAGCUGUGGAGCUAUGAACUUGGAUUGACACUUUACAUGUGCAAUGGAAGUGACUUGGCUAAUCUUAGACAGUGGCACUGCUGAGCUCUCUCAAGAACUGCAUCAGUCUUGCACCUCUUCUUCAUGCCUCCUCCGACCAAAACGACUUCUUUUCUUUUGUUUGUGGUGGAUGACUCUGCAUCAAUCCAAACGUUAGAGUUUUGGCUACGAAGGAUUCCAUAGAAAGCAAAAGAGAGUGGAGUGUCAUUACCUUGAGUUUCAGAAAAGAUGGAAAUGGUGGUGUGUUUGAGCAGCAAGUUUUGUGGGUCCUCCAGUUCUGAGAUGAAAGCUCUCAGGUCUUGCUUUAGAGAGAUGAACUUGUUUGGGUGCUGAUACUCCAGUAUUUCCACUUCUUCUUUUGCUUGCUCUAUCAAACUCUCCAUUGCUCUUUCUCUCUAGAGUGAAGAAGCAUGCACGGGGAGGGAAGUUGACACUUGUGAAUAAAUGCAGGUAGAUAUUGAUUGAUUAUCCUGAAAAAAGGACAUUAAUGGAAAAGUUGAUUUUGUCUGCCUUCUCAAUCUCCAAAGCACUUUGGAAGUGAUGCUUGUAUUUAAACAGGAAAUGAAAAAGGUACGGGAAAGAGGGAAUAAAGCCCAAACUGUACCUAUUUUUGGGCUGUCUUGUUUUUCUUUUUCCCAAUUGUGACUUGUAUUAUCAAAUCAUAAAAAAAACAUGAGAAACAACAAUGUUUGGAACAAGUACUCCCAUUUGACUGAGUUACUUAUAUCUGAAUAAGUAAAUUAUAUGCUUAUCUA